UCUUCUCCGCCCCCCACCCCACCCGCACAGCCGCGUCCGUCCCCCCACUCCGUCGCCGCCCGCCCGGUCGGCUCCGAUGGGGUACGUGCUGUCGGCGGUGGCGAGGGUGCUGGAGCAGCCCACCGCGUGGGGGGCGGUCUGGGAGAUGGCGCUCCUCGCGGGGCCCCUCUGGGCGGCGGCCCUCCUCGGCCUCCUGCUCGGCUGGGCCUGGCGCCCGCGCUGGGCCGCCGGCCUGGUUGCCACCGCUGACGGCAACGCCACUGCACCGGCGCCGGCGCAACUCCCCUUCGCCACGCUCGACUUCUGGAAGGCCCAGCUCCCCGCCCGCCUCCGGGCGCCGCUUGGCUACUCCGAGACCACCGUGCAGCAGCAGGAGGACGAGGCCACCGCGCAUGGGUCGUCGGAGAUGGCGAACGAGGAGCUGUCUGUGGGGAAGGACGACCUGGUGAACCUCUGGAGGCUGGUGGGGGGCAGGGACGGCGGGCCGGCCUGGAUCAAGAUGAUGGAGAAGUCGCUGCCCACAAUGACCUACCAGGCGUGGAGGAGGGAUGCCCAGACUGGACCUCCACAAUAUCAGAGUAGUACUAUCUUUGAGGAUGCAACUCCUGAGGAAGUGAGGGACUUCUUUGGGGAUGAUGAGUUCCGGAUGUCCAACAAGUGGGAUGAUAUGCUUAUCUAUCAUAAGACGCUGGAGGAGUGCCAGACAACCGGGACAAUGAAGGUGCAUUGGGUCCGGAAGUUCCCCUUCUUCUGCAGUGACAGAGAGUACAUAAUUGCUCGUCGGAUAUGGAAAUUGGGGGGCGCCUACUAUUGUGUCACAAAGGGUAUACCAUGCUCAUCCAUCCCACGGCGUAACAAACCUAGAAGAGUUGACUUGUAUUAUUCAAGCUGGUGCAUUCGUGCAGUGGAAUCAAAGAGAGGGAAUGGAGGGUUGACAGCCUGUGAGAUUCUUCUGUUUCACCAUGAGGACAUGGGUAUACCAUACGAGAUUGCAAAGCUUGGGAUUCGGCAGGGAAUGUGGGGAUGUGUAAAGAAAAUUGAGCCUGGACUCCGGGCCUAUCAGGAGGCCAGGGCUGCUGGGGAGCCAGCGUCAAAGAGUGCCUUGAUGGCCCGGAUCAAUACUAAGGUUGGCGACAACUUUGUUCGGUCACUGGAGACCAACAGCGACGAAUCAGAAAUUGUGGAAGCAGAAGAGAAACCUGCGAGAAGCAAUAUGUCGAGGUUCCUCGUGCUUGGCGGGGCAGUCGCUCUGGCUUGUACCCUUGAUCAAGGGCUCCUGACGAAGGCUGUCAUCUUUGGCGUUGCGCGGAAAUUCGUGGGGCAGAGGAAGACAUUGUAGAGUUGCUGUUUUUUCUCGGUGUCCUCCGCCUUGGCCAAUGUGGUUAUUGGACUCGCCCUGAUUCGCUUUCUUAGAUUGGAGGGAAGAGGUGAUUCAAUGCCUGGUUAAUUGGGGCAAAUGCCAUCGAGACUGAAGAGAGCAGAUGCAGAGCAUUUUUGAUGUGUAUAUAUGCUGCCGGCCGUCAGAUAACGAGGAAGAGAGGGAAUAGGGUAAAAAUCAUUGUACUUUUCAUUUGGGGAAGGAAUUCCAACUAUAUGUAUAAAUUCGUUUCAUGUAAUGUAACCUUCCAUCUCAAGACCAAACUAGAGCGGACUAUUCAGAUCAAAUUAAAAGUGUUUUGUCCCA